CUGUACGUCACCAUUUAUUUUUCCCCGGAAAUACGUUGCUUUAAUGUCUCGCAGAAGAACACAUUGACGAGACGAAUCUUAACGAGUCUCUCGAAUAAAGAGUUUGAAAAUGGGAGGGUGCAUUGUUAAUGGUAAAAGAGAAAAGAUGUAAUGGGAUUCAAAAAUAAAAGAAGACAACUGGAACGAACUGCACAUCCCAGACGCUCAACGUGCGAGGCUUCAUCCUGAGCUGUUUCAUCCCUCAAGUUACAAGCGCGUGCUCUUCUCAUUUGUCUUUAGCUUUUUUGAUCAAUUUAUUACUGAGUCAACAACAUGCCUGCUAAACGUCCUGUCACUGCCACUGGUCCUCCUGGCACUGCCAAGAGGGCGAGGAAGAGCGUGACAUUGGCAACCAAAAUGGACAUCGUCAACGCCGUGGAGAGCGGAGAGAGGCCCAUCAAUGUCGCUCGUCGUCUGGGUCUCCCUGCAUCGACGGUACGCACGAUCAUCGGCAAAAAGGACAUUUUCAAGAAAAUGGCUGCAAUUCUCGCCAAGAAUGAAGAGAUGAAAAUUACGAGGAAGAGACCAGACAUAAUGGAGAGGAUGGAGAGAAGACUUUCUGCUUGGCUGCAGGACCUCUACCUGGAGAAUACCCCCGUUAGCCUGUGCCUCAUCCAGGUGAAGGCGCGCUCCAUCUAUGACGACUUGAAAAGGCAGAUGCCCCCAGAAGAGGCGGCCAAGCUUCCGGAGUUCAAGGCUGCCCGCGGCUGGUUCCACCGCUUCCAGCAGCGUCACACCUACAAGAACGUUCAAGUCUCGAGAAUCUCAGAUGGUGCUGACGCUGAGGCUGCUGAUGUGGAGGCUGCUGGUCAGUUCCCAGAGCACUUGGCUACCUUAAUAAAGGAGGGUGGCUACAGCCCAAAGCAAGUUUUCAACAUGGAUGAGUUUGGACUAUUCUGGAAGAAAAUGCCCACAAGAACAUGUAUCUCGGUGAAGGAAGAAGGGGCACCAGGGUUCAAGACAGAAAAGGAACGUGUGACGAUUUUGAUUGGUGCCAAUGCCACUGGAGAUAGAAAGUUGAAGCCUUUGUUGGUACAUCGCUCAGAAAAUCCUCGAGCAAUGAAUAAUAUUGUGAAAUCCCGUCUGCCUGCUGUUUGGAAGUCAAACCGUAAAGCACGCAUAACCAGGCACACCUUCAGGGAAUAUUUUGUUGAUCACGUAAUUCCCGAAUUACGUGAAUACUGCUUGCAAGAAAACAUGGCCUUUAAAAUCCUCUUGGUUCUGAACAACUCUCCUGCUCACGAUGUGGACUUUGAAGCGCUGUGUCCAGAAAUCCAGGUUGUGUUUCUUCCACCAGGAUUGACCUCGGUUUUGCAGCCAAUGGACCAGGGUGUUGUUGCUUGUUUCAAAGCAAAUUAUCACAAAGAAAUUUUGAAAGGGUUGAUAGAUGCAACGGUUGACAGGGAAAAAACAAUCGAAGAGUACUGGUGGGAUUUUUCAAUUCUUGACGCCGUUUACAGCAUCGGUAGAGCUUGGCAAGCAGUCACCCAGCAUCUCCUGAAUGGAGCAUGGAGAGCUGCGUAUCCCGAGGCCGUGUUGAAAUUUGAAGUAUUGGAUGAAUCGGAAUCACGAAGGGAACUUGCGAUGCUGGCGAGGGAAGCCGGGUUUGACCACGUCGACGAGGAAGGCAUAAGGGAGCUCAUCGAGUCUCACAGUGCUCCUCUUUCAAAUGAAGAAUUAGAGGAAAUGGACAGGCUGUCGUUUCAAGAGGAGAAUGGCGAUGAUGACAAAGAAGCGGAGAAAGAAACAAAGUUUUCUAUCCCUGUGCUCAGAAAGUUGUUUGAAUAUUUAAAUGCAGCAGAAGAACUGGUGAUGCAGCACGAUCCCUUAUGUGACCGAGCAAUGACGUUCGGGAGAACAAUACGAGAGGUGGCCAACUGCUACAGAGUUCUCCUGGACACGAAGCUGAAGAGGAGCAAGCAUGUCAUGAUGAACGUCUGUCUGAAACACGAGAAAGAAGACGAACUAUCCAUGGAAAUGCCUAAUCCCGGACCCUCGAGUCUACAGGAGAGUUUAAUAAAAGUCUUGCAAGUGAAGACUGAGGAAGAUGUGGCUGCAGAAGGAGGACUUGAAAGCUUCUCCAGAGGUGAUGACGAGAAUCCUGCUAUUUCUGCUCAUCACUCCUUCACCCCUUCCAUUUGAAGUACUACCCACCUCAAAGCCUUCAGCUACGACACACAAGACCCCUUUGUGUUCUCAAGUUCUUCUUCUCCGAGUACUGCAGCUGCCCUUGUCUGAAGUAUGAGCGGCCCCUGUUUUCACCCCCUCUGAUGGGCAGCACCUCCUCUUGAAAAGGCUUGAAGGACUAUCCAUAGGUGGCCAGACUCUGUUAACUCCUGGAUGUUGUCCUACCUGCAUGGUACUCGCCAGUCUUCAGCGGAGAAUCCGGCACCAUGCUGCCCCUGUCCUGUGGCGUCCCUCUAGAUUUUGUACUUGGUGGUCUCCUACUUCACGUCUACCUGCUACCACCACUUUGUCUCAAUGAGCUCCUGUUUCACUCUUAGGGGAACAACUGACCAGCUCUACUUAAAUAGUUCUGUUUGAUGGAAAAUUGGACUGCCUGCUCAGUUGUCCCCAUUAUGGAGGACAUAUCUGUGCCAACAAUUAACAACAACAAUAACAACAUUUAUUUAUAUAGCACAUUUUCAUACAAACAGUAGCUCAAAGUGCUUUAC